AUGGCGAGGAUAUUGGUUUUGGAAGGCAUAGCUGUGGGUGGUGGUGGUGGUGUUAACAAUGGAGAUCGGCUUUUUAAUCAUCUCUCAGUUGGAAUUCUACUGCUUUGUCAAGUACUCAUAGCAAUGGCCAUCAUAUCUGUGAUGCUAUUUGGAUGUGCUGAUGACCAGACAGGGGCAAGGAAGGCAAGUGGGGUGGGGGUGGAGGUGGCUGCGGGGGUGGGGGUUGCUGAGAUCACCGCCACCACCUUGACCGCUGCCAAUUUUUCAGUGAUGUGUCCGAUGACCGUGGUGGUUAUGGUGUUGACUGAGAUCAUCACCACCACCAUGUGUGGCUGCCCUUGUUUCAGUGAUUUCUACUCUUUAGUAUAA